AUGGCGGCGCCCGUAGCUCAGGAAGAGCUACCCAUCCUCGAGGCAGUUAUCAACAUUCGCAAUCGCCUGACGGCACUCAAGAAGGACAGAGGAGAGUAUAUUAAACCAUCAGACGUGAACACGCUGUAUCAAGCAAUCGUGAAGCAAGUGACACGCCUAAAUGAAGUCCGCGAUGCCCAUACAACAUACAACAACCGUCUGGACACAACUCUGGCGGAUGUAUUCAACCUACUAUCUCUUUUCUUCCUCACCAUUGGGAAAACCAAGGAAUGCCCAGCAACCUACAGUCAAAUUGCUAGUAUGCGGCAAAUUUUAGAGCAUAUGGAUGAAUCAGGCAUCUACAACGAGUCAGACCUUGCGCCAUUUCAUCGACGCCUUGCUGAAUUACGGUGCAUCGUGCGAAGUGAUGCGGAGGGCGGCAAGCAUCCCGAAGCGAUGACCACGCUUUUGGACAGACAACUGAAUGAAUGUGACUGCGUGAUUCGGCGAAUGCAAGAAUCGCUAGCGGUGCUAUCGCCCGAGCUGGUUCCCAUACAUGAGCGCCUGGUCAAUGUCCGCCGGAAGCUCGUUGCCCUCGCUGCGAAGGAGACUGCACGAGAGGCUGCAGCAGCUAUGCUCCAAGAAGAGCUGCGAAAAAUUGAUUCGAAGCGUGUGGAUGGCAAGUUCUUGGGCCCGGGAGGCAUGGUCCCCGCAUCUCAAGCCAUUUGCUCAUCCCUUCUUGAGGAGUGUUUUGAGAUUGCGCAAGAAAUCCGAGCGCAAGAUGACUCAAAAUACGUCGCCUCGUCGCUGAAGCCUAUCUACGACAGGCUCAGCGAGAUUCGACGGGAACUCGAGCAGCUGGUGUUGACACAUCGCUGGAGUCUUCGCGAAACAGAUCUGUGGAACUAUAGCCUCAGUCUGCAAGAGAUCGACAAGAUGCGGGUGGAUGGGAAGUUCGUGGAUUCAGAGGGCACUCGGCCAUCAGGGCAAUAUGUCUUGCUGUACCUGCUUCGACGAUGUUACGGCCUCAUCUACAGACUGCUGUCAUCCAGCGAACCAGUAUCUGAGGAAUUGAUGCCCAUUGCAAACAAACUGUCAACUGUGAAGAAGUGUCUAAACGAGGUCCUGAAAUACGGCGGCCCCUUCUCACCACGAGACCUGUAUCCAUACCAGCUGGCGCUCUAUCAGAUCGACUCCAUGCGGAAGGAAGGCAAGUUCGUAGGCGUGGACGGGACAAUACCCGAGGGCCAGGGCAUCGUCAUGGCACACCUAAACGAGUGCCACGAGCUCCUAGAGAUGUUGAAAGAGGCGCUGGAAGAGCCCGAGGAUACAGAGGACGAGGAUUAUGUAUUUGAUGAAUUCUCUGAAGAAGGAGAGGAAUAACACAGUAGACGUACCCUUGUCAAGCAACAGUCCCUGAUACGUGGUGGGAUGCCUUGAUGCAUGGUGGGAUGGCAUCCGAUCACCCCGACCGUGCAAUUCGGGAAAUCUGAAGUAGUCGUAUUGUUGUAAGUCAUACUGUUCGAAUUGGAAUGUACUUGGUGGCAGCUCCGUCCAACUUCUCUUAAGUCA